UCCUACUCUGAGCCACACAGAGGAGUGUGAUAGGCUGCUGAGGAGGGGAACUGCAGCACAGUUAGCGGCGUUGUCAGGAAACAGAAGCCCACUCUGAAUGAAUGCAGCUCCCAGAACCAGCUGAACAGGACGCUUCGUCUGUGUGAUUUACCAUGACAACUGAAUCGGGUGCAGACUCUGAGGCCAACCAGCCACAGGCGAAGAAGGAGGCAGAGAAGGAGAAAAGUAAAGCAGCGGCGGACCCUGCCUCGCCCCAGAACCAGCCGGAGCAGCUCCCAGCUGCAGUUGGACACAGCACCCCGGCCAGGAAAGAACAGGAGCAGCAGGAGGAGGACCAGGAGUCCCAGAGGUCGUCCACAAGUCGUCUGUCCAGGUCUCCCUUGAGGGGCGUGAAGAAGGUGAAGAUGAUGCAGUGUAAGAUCGCUCUGCUGGACGGCUCCGACUACUCCGUCAACGUGGAGAAACGAGCCAAAGGCCAAGUGCUCUUUGAUAAGGUGUGUGAAUACCUCAACCUGCUGGAGAAGGACUACUUUGGCAUCACAUACAGAGACAUAGAGAGUCAGAAGAAUUGGUUGGACCCUUCCAAAGAGCUUAAGAAGCAGAUCCGGAACGGACCCUGGAAUUUUUCUUUUAACGUGAAGUUUUACCCGCCAGACCCGUCGCAACUGUGCGAGGACAUAACAAGGUACUACCUGUGCUUGCAGCUGAGGGAUGACGUCGUUUCGGGUCGCCUGCCUUGUUCCUUUGCCACACACACGCUGCUGGGCUCCUACACGGUGCAGUCUGAACUCGGAGACUACGACCUGGAGGAGCUGGGCAGCGACUACAUCAGCGAAAUCCGCUUCGCACCCAACCAGACCAAAGAGCUGGAGGAGAAGGUCAUGGAGCUCCACAAGACCUACAAGGGGAUGACACCAGCUGUAGCCGAAAUCCACUUCCUGGAAAAUGCCAAAAAGCUGUCUAUGUACGGGGUUGACCUCCAUCAUGCUAAGGACUCUGAGGGCGUAGAGAUCAUGCUGGGAGUUUGCGCAAGCGGCCUCCUCAUCUACAGAGACAGGCUGCGGAUCAACAGGUUCGCGUGGCCCAAAAUCCUCAAGAUCUCCUACAAAAGGAACAACUUCUACAUCAAAAUCCGACCCGGCGAGUUUGAGCAGUUUGAAAGUACGAUUGGUUUCAAGCUCCCAAACCAUCGCGCUGCCAAGAGGCUAUGGAAGGUCUGUGUGGAGCACCACACCUUCUUCAGGCUCGUGUCUCCUGAGGCGCCGCCGAAGAAGUUCCUCAGCCUCGGCUCCAAGUUUCGCUACAGCGGCAGAACCCAGGCCCAGACACGGACCGCCAGUGCACAGAUCGCCAGGCCGGCGCCGCUGUUUGAACGCUCCUCCAGCAAACGAUACAACAUGUCCCGCAGCUUAGACGGAGCUCCCAUCACAGAGAACCAUGAGACUCCCAUGAAGGGCAGCGCCGCAGACGGGGCGCCCAAAGUCAUAGCCAAGGAGGACAUCAUCACCACGGUAACGACAGAGAGGAAGGCGGAGGAGGAGAAUGCUGAGCGGGAGGAUGCGCAGGAAGUUGCCACAGAGACCGUCGCCAUGACGCCGCUCAGACACGACACAAAGCCCCCCUCCUCUGCGUACGCCAGCGACCCGCUGCGCUCCGAGCUCUCCCUCCCAUCGUCCCCCAUCUCUUCCACAAAAGUGCGGCGGCGGCGCAGGGAGAGCGGCCGCAAGCGGGCGUCGUCGGUCAGCCCGGCCAAGAGUGGCGGCGGCUGCCGGCGGCGGCAGGCCCACGCCGACCGCAAGGCCGCCCUGCUGGAGGAGCAGGCGUUGCUGCUGUCCGCCCGCAAGCAGCGCCUGGAGCGGGGCGGGCGAUGCGGCGCCGGCGGCGGCACGCUCUUCUCCUUCUCCCUGCACCUGCCCGACCUGUCCUCCGUCCUAGACGAGGACGGCUACAUCACCUUCCCCGAUCUGUCCGAGAUGCGCUUCGUCCCGGAGUGCGCGCAGAACCUCCUCCCCAUCAAGUCGCCAUCCCUCAUCCCCUGCUUCCUGUUCAUCUUCUUCUUCCUGCUCACCACUUCCUUCUCAGUCCCCUACGCCCUCACCCUGUCCUUCCCGCUGGCACUCUGCCUCUGCUACCUGGAGCCCAAGGCAGCCUCCCUGACCGCCUCCAUAGCCCAGGGCUACCAUGACCAUGACAGUUCAGAGGAAGAGGAGACUGACAGCGAACGUACGGACUUUGCCUGUGAUGGAGAGAUGACCGCCACGGAGUCGGAAGCCGAUGAAGACUCCGAGAUGCGGACUCAGGACUCUGAGCCUCCACCCGAGGUGGUCAAGCACCAGACCAACAUCAGCGAGCUGAAGCGUUCCUUCCUGGAGACCGGUAGCAAUGGCGGCGGCACUCCGGGUCUGACGGAGUGGGAGAAGAGACUGUCGUCGUCGCCUCUGCGCUCGCCCAGAGCGGACGAAGACCCGAUGAUAGAGCCGCUGGAGCUGCAGGACGCGAAAGACGAGCAGACGGAGCAGCAGGCGGGACCUAAAGACACUGUGGCGGCGGUGGGAUAUCUGGUGAAAUACGUGCCGGAUAGCAUUGUGACAGACGGGGCCACCUCCUCGGGGCCCCACGGCAUCAGCCUGUCCACCACCAUGGACGACGACGUCUUCGUGGACGGGACAUUGAGGGAGGAGGCGGGGGGCAAAACCCAGGACGAGGAGGAAGAGGCAUCGGACAACUCAGUGACCAAGCUCAGCCCUGGAGCGGUGAAACAGGAAGUGUCGCAGGCCAUCAGCGAAAAGAAAGGCACGCUCAUCAUCUUUAAGCAGGCAGAGAACAAAGAGGACGAAGAAAUGAGCGAAAAGGAAGGACUGGCAGAAUCGGAAACCAACAGCAACCAGGAGCAGAAACGUCAAGCUUCACUAAAAGCUGAGAUUAAAAAUGGCGACGUGAGUCAGAUUAGAGGCGUUGACUCGCCGAAGAAAGCGAUGGCGUCGUGGAUUUCUGAGGAGAAGGUGGAGAGUUCAGAAGUCGUCGGCGUGUUUACAAAGGAAGUGGAAGAGCUGAAGACUUUGGAUGAGCUGCAGCAGAAAGCCGAAGGAAUCCAGCCGAAGUUGAGCCCAACUCACGUUACGGUUUCUGCGUCCUUAGCUGUGUCUGCGCCUGGAUGGGUUUCACCCUCUCACAAGGCAUCAGCUGACCAGGAGAAGGCGGUAGUCGUUACUGAAAACGAAGCCGAGUCCGCAAAACCAAAGGCUCCUGACGGGGUGGAGGUUGCUGCCAAAGACGUGCCUGUGGUCCACACAGAGACAAAAACCAUCACCUACGAGUCGGCCGAGGUUGACACGAACGGAGACGCGGACCCCGGGGUGCUGCUGAGCGCUCAGACCAUCACCUCAGAAACCACCAGCACCACCACAACCACCCACAUCACAAAGACGGUGAAAGGAGGGAUCUCAGAGACGCGAAUUGAGAAGCGGAUUGUCAUUACCGGAGACGCAGACAUCGACCACGACGAGGCUCUGGCUCAGGCCAUAAAGGAAGCCAAAGAGCAGCACCCUGACAUGUCAGUGACCAAAGUAGUGGUGCAUAAAGAGACAGAGAUCACGCCAGAGGAGGGGGAGGACUGAUCCAGGAAUAACCUUCUUCCUUCUUCCUGCGAUCACAUCUCACCGUCUGGACUGUCUGAAGGCUCCUCCUCUACGGACGCUGCAGCUCGCCGCUCCACUCGCAAACAUCACCUGCAAACCCAACGAACACACUCUGCAUGAGAAGGACGCCACGCUGCAUCACCAACCAAACGGCCUCGUCUGAUUCGUUUUAGUUUUUAUUUUAAUGGUCCUGAAUCCGAAGUAAACCUUCUGCUUUCACUGCCUUAUUACGACUUUGAUGCAUUUUUAUGAUUGCUGAGGAUAAUUACUGUAGCAGCAUUUUAUUUAUGAGAUAAAGCCAUCACUCCAGGAACUUGUAAUUGCUGUAGGCUGUACAUGUUAGAGCAAACACUAUUUAACCUCAAUGUAGAAGAAAACCAAGCAUCGCUUCACUCCCACAAUGAUUUUCCACCCGGUGCCACUGUACAUAUCACAGCCUCUCCAGCAAAGCCGGCUUACGAUGAUCUUUUUAAGGUUGAUUUGUGUCAUUUGAAUUCAUUUCACUUUUAUUGUCUUUUAUUUCUCGCUUUUAUUGUGAUGUUUUGGUUUUUCCUCCCACUCGAGCUCCACUUUUGGCGAGGAAAACGAAAAAACAAAAUGACUUUUUGACGUGCCUGUGCAGGCUGGGAAUGUUUUGUUUUGUUUUUUUCUUUUUUCCCAUGGGGGGGACAAUCGGCCGCAACAAAGCUCCGCGUUGGCGUGGCGACGGCGCGGCCGCGGGGCAAAGGGCUCAGACGGCCGAGCUCCGCCCGAAAGAGACGCAGAGCCCAGAGAGAGAAAUCGGUUAUCCUCCCCCGACAUCCACAGCUUUUAUCUGCUCCUCCAUUUCACCUGCAGCCACGUUUUCCACAGCGUAGGGGAGGAAAACGGAGACUGACGCAUUUCUUGUUAAUUUGCAGUUUACUCCUAAAAUAAUAAAGUGACAGUACAGCA